CGCUGGAGUUUGUCCGCCCGUGCGCCUCGUCCCCAGGGCCUCGCUCACUCUCCAGGCUCUGGCGUGUGUCCUCCUGCUCUUGUAGGCUUGACGCGGCGUAGCUGUGGCAUCUGUGGCGCCUCGGCCCCCGGUCCCCCUGACCCUCCACUCCUGGCCCCCGCCAGCUUCCCUCCGAAGCCCUGUCUGCAGAGGUCUCCAGCAUGAAAAGAAACGAGAGAGCCUCUCGCCUGUGUCCUGGUCCUGACGACGAAACCUUGCUUUUGAGGCAGAAACACAGAUUGCUGCAAGUCAGAGGGAAAGGGGACCUUCCCGUGCAGAGCAGACCGGACCCCCGGCAGUGGGACAGCCCACAGCUUCAGCUCCUGGCCGAGGACCUGUGGGCCGAGUGGCGGGAGGCCCCGAGGCAGCAAGCCCAGGGCCUGGGAAGGCUGUAUUUGACCCAUCUGUUAGGUGCCGGGGGAGGACGGGCCCAAGAACAGGAACCCGGUUCGGAGGGGCCGGCCUGGCGAGCAGCAGCCUGGCCGCCUCGGGCCGGGGGGAAGCAGAGGGCCGCGGGCAGAGAGGAGAAGAGUCGCAGAGAAGAGCCGGUCAGACUGCAGUCCUGGUGCGCCAAGCCCCAGCGGGGAGCGGCGGGCCCCGAGAAGAAGGGGUUCGCCAAAGCCGUGGGCCUUCCGCACCCUCCUUCGAGCCCCCCGGAGAAGAGCAAAGGCAAACGAGCGCCUUCGAGGAAGACCAGCGGCGGCCGCCGUCCCGCUGACCCUCGGGCGAGCAGGAGCCUGGACGUGGGGAAGCUCUGUGCGCCGGAGAGGUCCGCCGCGGGGGAGAUCGCGCUCACGGAGGGCAGCGGGGAGGAUGUCGGCAGCGGCGGGCGGAGGCAGCUGGGGCGGAGGACGGCUCGCCUGGUCCAAGGACUGAAAAACAACUGUCUGGGUCUGAGUCCCGGGGGCCAAGCCGACGACCUGCAACAGCUGCGGCCGGCCGACUCGAUCUGCACAACGGACGCCGCGCCCCAGGAGUCACCGUGCCAGCGCGGUGACAAGAGCCAGUGGAAGAGGGAGCUGGAGUUUGCCUUCGAAGAGUUGUUUAAUACAAACAGAAAGCUGAAGAGUCACCUGAGCCUACACCUGGAGCCCAGGCCGGCGGCGGGUCCGAACCCCGGCGAAGAACAGGGCUUCUCAGAGGGACCGGAGCACAGAGGCACCGCCUGGAGGGAGAAGGCGGCGGUGGCGGCGGACGCGGACAUGGAGGUGCUGCCAUCCGGGGAGGCCGCGGGUCCGGCGGCGGUGAACGCCCUCCAGACGUCGCCCGAAGCCAGUCUGCAAAAGCUGCUGAGCAGGCUCGGGAGCCAGAAGUACCCGAGGGUGGUCAGAUCCACGUUGAGGGACGUGAGCAGACUGGCGUCUCCCGAGGCGGGCACGUGCGUGGACGAGCACCUCGACCCAUGCGGCACAGACUCCAGGCUCGAGGCCCCCGGGCUGGACGCGCUGUCCCGACUGCUUCGCCCGCAAGAACAGGCAGACAGAGCUGGCUCGAUGGCAUCAAGGCAGAAGCAGAAGAUGGAGACGGAACAGCGAAGACGAACGCAGCUGGCACUGCUCGCACUGACCGGACACCCAGACGUGGGCUCGGAAGCCCGCCGCCAGCCCGGCCUGGGGGAGGAGAGGGCGGAGCAGGCGAGGGCCCGGUGGGCUCCUCCCGAGGCCUCCUGCUCGGACCAGGAGGAAGAAGGACGUGAGCUCAGUCCCACGCCCCCCGCGGCCGCCAGCAUCUCCGACGAUGACGGGCACAGUCAGAUGAUCCGUAACCUUCAACAGCAGAUUUUAGAGCAAAACAGGUUGCACAAGCAGUUUCUCGAAGAAGCCAGGAAGCGCUUGCAAGAGUUUCAGAGAAUAUGAUAAAUGCGCGCGUAUCAGCCAUGAUAAAUACACCGCUGACGAGUGGGCGUGAUGCCGGUACUGGUUCCGAAGUCUGAGAUCUGUGUCUGCGUCGUCUGCUCGGAAACCCGUAGGCCCCUUCGCACGCCGCCCCUCCCCCGCCCCGCCCCGCGUGCCUUUCGGAUGAAGUCCCACUCGGGGAGGCUCCUUCGCCCAGCACCCGUGUGGGCACGGUGACGGGUCUGGCCAGUGCGGCCCAGAGGCGUGUCCCACAAGCGUAGACGGGAAGUCCAGGUAAAUUCAGCCCUUCCGAUGUCUUGGGCGGAUAAACACUGGACUUUCAGGGGCGCCCGAGGUCAGACAGGCACGGUUUCAAAAGAUACAUCAUCUGUUGUGUAGCCGCUGGGUGAGGCAUUAAUGGGACUAAAACCUCCCUGAGUCUUUGAAACUGACAAAACCAGCAUGGCUUAACGGACAUCACUUAGUAAUAUUCUCGUAAUUUUUAUGUUAAUGAGCGGGGGAGGGGGAGAGUAAGGGAGAGAAGAGGGGAGAGAGAGGGAGGGAGACAGAGAAGGGAGAUGGCUCCCAGGCACCUAGCCACGGUAGGUGGCCCUCUGGAGCUGGCAGCGGUGGGUGGUCCGAGGUGUCUGAUUAGUCUACUUCCAGCUCUACCUCUGACCCAGCAGCCUCGGCAGCUAUGGUGACCCCACACCGGGUAGGGCUUUAUCCGCCAAUGGCAUCCUUGGGGACUGGACAAAGCUUUUCUGCAAAGAGCCACAUAGUAAAUAUCUUACUGGCUCUGCGGGCUACAGUCUCUGUGACAACACCGUGAGUGGGUGUGGCCGGGUUCCAAUAAGACUUUAUUUAUAAAAACGGUUGGGGGCUGGACUUGGCCCUGAACCACAGUCAGCUGACCGCUGGACCAGCAUGGUUCCCCCCCCGCCCCCUCUCCCCCUUCCAGGGAUCUCAGACAUGCUGGGUUGGGUCAGCCACCCGCAGUCAUGGGACAUUCGCAUUGCUGGUACAUGAAUGACCUUUUUUAUCUUAGGGCGUAUUUUGUAAACGAUAUAAGGAACCACCGUGACGCCACGAUCGGGAAUGUUUGCUGAAAACCGGCUUCUGUCUAUUACUUCCCUUUCCUGUGCACUGUUCCCCCUUACUCUGUGCCUGCUGGCCGUGGGGCUCACCCCUGCAUUUCAUUACAUAGAUACAGACACUCUGAACGCUGCUGUUCAGUUUGAACUUUAUAAAAAGGGUGCUCUAGUGUGUGAGUUCUUUGGGAAGCUUUUCUUGGACUCAGCAUCUCGAAUGCAUCCGUGUCGCAGAUGGGCGCCAUUUAUUUCACCGUCAUAUCAUCAUGUGACUCGGCGAGCCUUCUUCCUGGGCUCAUGCUCCUUCUCUGUUUUAUAUCUGUUCCCAGAAAGAGAACCACACCCCUAAUCCAUCUGGAUCAAAGGGCCGGGUGUCCAGAUGGGCUUCUGGAAGCCUCGAACACCAAACUGGGACAUAGACGUGGGAAAGGCCCCGUUAUUCCUUUUCUUCCCGUUUUUACCUUUUUUUUUUUUUGGUCCUGGAAAAUGUUGACUUGAUCUUACACUGUUUUUCCUUUACAAACACGGAGGGACAGACGGUGCCCCAGUUACUGGAGAUGAGCAGCGAGUGAUGCACGUGGGGGUCACAGGACUUAGGGCCCAGUGGGGAGGACGCAGGUAAGAAGUAAACGUCCCCUGAGAUGACAGGAUGGGAUGUGCAGGGAGACGUGGGUGACAGCAGUGGCAGGCAUGUCCCCGAGGAACCCAAGGCCGGCUUCCCUGAGGGCACCUGCUCCCAGGAGCCCCAGACGUGCCCAUGAGCAUGGCACAGAGGCAGGUUUUCUUUUUAAAUCCAUAGCUUGGGUGAAGAAUCUUCCAUCAUCUCAAGUUUUAUCGUGCAAGUCUCCACUGUCUGUGGCUUUCCCACUUGACGUAGAGAAAAACGUUUGCUCCCAGCCCGGUAUCUUUCUGGCACCUGCUUCUGAAUGGCAUGGGGCAGGGCUGCACACUCACCUAACAGUUUGGUCUCAGCCCAGCGUGAUUAAGAGGCAGGUCCUGGCCACAGGAGGGCUGUUACAUGAGGAUUACCUGCGGGGGAGGAUGCUGGCUUUUGUGGGUGCUCUCAGCCUUCCGUGUGCUUCGAGAUCACCCGCAGCUCCUGCAGGAGCACCUCCGUCUGAGAGGGUCCCGUGGGAUCCCCAGGCUUGCAGCCGUGGCUAUGAUGGGACCCACACAUUGGGUAACGAGGCCGCCCUGACUCGGCCCGGAGGCCACAGUCUAGUGAGUGGAAGAGUCCGCCGCUGAGUGGGUUACUUUUGUUUCCAGUUUCAGAGGUGACAUUCGUGGCCCCUGAGCUCUAAGUGAGGGACUGCCCUUUCCUGGCAAUACUCGGGCUAAAAGUAGGUGUGAGGGCCGGGCCGCGAGACACAGUGCAGAGUGACUCAUCUCUGCCCGGACAGUCACACCUACACUGUCCCCUGCAGCAGCGCGAGAGACACCCUGCCCUUUGCCACCUGUCCUGCAGAAGGCCAAAGGGGGAAGGGGCACUUCCGAUGAAAUGGCCCUCCAGGACACCUGCUCCCCCCCAAAUAGGGCCCUCCAGAUAUUCUCUGUGGACGUGUCCCAGGCGACUUCCAUCUCUCAGUGAGAUCCCAAGGGCAGACCCUGUCUUGGUCACUUCGAUGCAGCUCGACCGCGGUGCCAGGGACCCUGGGCAGCGCUGCUAGGUGACAGUGGGGACCCCGACGCUGGCCGUGUGUGUCCUCAUCCUCCUAACGCACUUCUCAGGCCCUCCCCCAUGAGCCCUCCCUCCUGGGUUUUCUAGAACUUUCCAUGUGUUUCUUUUGUUUUCGCUUCUGCUUCCACAUUUGGGGGCAGCUGCCCAGUUCCCGUCUCACUCUGCAUUUGCCAGAACUUUCGUCAUCUGGUCACUUCCUUGCAGCCCUGCCUGUGAGCCUCCUUCCCAGAUCACACGGACUUGGGAAGGCUUCCACGGCCGACGGAUGGGGCCAGGUCACCCUGAUAGUCCCAGGGGUUUGCAGGGAGCAGCAGGGUUGGAUGCGGGUGCUCCCGAGGCCCCCUCUCCGCAGGUACAGAGCAGCGGGUUCGACAGGUGGCUGGGCGAGGGCAGCGGGAGCAGUGGUGGACCCCAGGACGCAGGCCCGCCCCUGCGCUCGCCAGGUUAGCGGGCCUCGUUGGUUUCGGACAGGACCCCGCACUCCUUGUGCGCUGCCCCGCGGGUCCUCACACCUGUCCUUUCUCCUGCCCAGCCAGGUUGCACGGCCAUAAUGUGUGUGGUAACAUCCAGAACCUGGGAAACGUAAGACGAUGGAAAAACAAGAUUUUCAAAGUUGGUGGGAGACGGGGGUCCUCCCUGGCCUGCAGGAGUUCUUCCCAUGAGUGAGAAGUGGCCACCAGGUGUGGGCGGCAUCUGGCCUUCACUUGCUCCCUCUGUGACGAGAGGACGAGCUGACUCGGGUCUUGUCGGGUCCUGUCACAGCCCCGGCCACGGGCCCCGUCACGGGCCAGAGACGGUGCGAACUGUGCACAGCACCACACAUCCCCGGCUCCCGGGGCCUUAUGUGCAAGGCUGCGCCAACGAGGACGGGGAAGCCACAGGGCUCAUGCCCUCCAGCGCGCCCACACUGGGUUCUCUCCGUUUUAGGACACUGGGGUUCCAGCCUUUGCACCCCUCCUUCUGCUUCCUGAGAAGUGCAGCGGGUCAGGGCGUAGCCCACCGGCCUCAGAGUCCCAGCUGUUUGUGCUGAUGAGGCCUGAGCCAUGGGCCAGGAACCUUGUGUGUCCACUCCCAAAAACAAGGUGACCUGGAGAACAGACCAGACUGAGGUCCCAGCCCGCCAGCCACAGCGUGGGGACAGGCCCCUGGCCUGCUGGCCCUCGGCUCCGAGCCAUCCACCCAGCCCGUCUGGGCCCCAUCCUCGGCCUGCUGGGUGGGGAGGGGUGGCAGGGGGUGGCUGAGUAACCCUCCGGUGCCUCCCCAGGCCCCCGCGCCCUCUCUGCCCCGCGCUGCCCCUGCCCGCCGGGCUCCGGGCUUGGCGUUCGCCGUGCUCGGCGCGGCUCCUCCCGGGGGUCUUGGCCGAGAAAGUGCCGAGCAGCAGUUCCCUCCACAAAGCCGCUCUGUUCUCGGCAAACCCUCCCGACCAGCUGCAUUUUUUUCACAUGAUUCAGCAGCACGUGAAUGGGAAGGGCUGAGCCCAAGGCUUGGGGAACGUGACCAAGGCCUCUGGCAUGA